UUGGUUACGGGUCGCGAGAGUUGCUUUUUUCCGCUCUAAAAAUAAAACGCGACUGAUUUUCCUCAAUUUUCCCGAACUAGUGCCUCGUGAGAUAGUGCGCACGCACAUCCACACUGCGCCGCACGAUCUAUAAAUUUGAACUUAACAUGCACCUACCCACUCCAAUGGCAAAAGUGUUGUUUGUAAACAAAACGACGAUAAGAGAGAGAUCCAGAUCGCGAGCAGUGGGUAUAUUUUUUUCGCGUCGGUUGGGCCUUGCGAAAAAUUGCGUUUUUUGGCGAAAAAAAACGCCCGAUUUCAUGACUCUCCAGUCUAUCGUCCUUAACCUUGUCAGCAAGUUCAUUUACUCUAACGAAAUAUGAGUUCGGCUAUCACUGUGUUCAGAGAUCUACUGCCGUUUUUUGGUACUGUUGUGCUUUACUUUGGAGUUCUCAUUCCAUAUGAUCAGCCAUCGGCGUUGGCUGUUAUCCUUAAAUGUCUGCCCAUAAUUAGUUUGGUGCUUUUUGUAUCCAGACAUGGAGAAGCAAACGGAGAAGGAUUCAAACAUUCCAGACGAAUCGCAACAGGUUUGUUGUGUUGUUGCGUGGGCGACGCUCUUUUGCUUUGGAACCAUUUCGAAUUGGGUAUGUUGGCAUUCUCCGUGGGCCAUCUGAACUAUAUUGCCGCUUUUGGAUACAAACCGUUGAAACUGCCUAUAGGCGUGGGAACUUUUGCGAUCGGACUAUAUGUAACGAACUACGUUUAUUCUGGUCUACAUGGAAUAUUAGUGAUUGCGGUUCCUAUAUAUAUAGAAUUAAUCUGUGUUGUGGUUUGGAGAGCAACCGCGAGAGUUGGAUUCCAAAAUAGUUCCUACACUUGGAGUAGUUUAUGCUGCUGUGCUGGCAGUAUAUUAUUUGCUAUAUCAGAUUUGCUGAUUGCAAUAGAUAAGUUUUGUCAUCCCCUAGCUAACACUCAGAUUCUCGUAAUGUCCACGUAUUAUGCGGCUCAGCUAGGCAUAUCGCUAUUAGUUGUCGGAUGUUCGAGCUGAGUGUUAGUGUAACUAAAAAGAUGUAUCCCUGGAGAACUAUGUGUUUAUAUCCUCAUAGUAUAAUAAUUUUGAAUAUUAAUUUUACACCAAAUAUAUUGAUAGUUUACUAAGCCGUUCUAAAAUAAACUUGUUGGCGGCAAAAAAGAUAAAUUUACCAUACUUUCCAGUUUUCGAAAGAAAACGUUUUUAUGCAUACAUACCUGGAAAAUUUUAAGUGCUGAAAACAUAAAAAAAAUUGAGACAAUUUAUUAAAAAAUAAUGCUCAUGAAAAGAGGUUUUUUUUUAUUGUGAUAACUAUGCAUUUAUUAUGCAGGGUUUUAGAAACUAGACGUUAACGUUAAUCCAGUAGUCUUCCAAUAUUCGUUAUUGUACACAUUCACAUUUCGAAGUUUUUAAUUAUUGUAACAACUAGAUGGAAAUCUAUAUACGAGUUUUAUAUUUAACAUUUGAAAAACAAUUUAUGUGCCCAAAAUAAAUAUUUUAAGAUUUUUGAUAUAAUAUGAAGUAUUAAUGGUCGUUGAGUGUUUUGAUCUUAUUUAACGUUGUUGGGGUGAGGUUUGAAACGGAAAGACUAAGACACAUGAUCACACUAUCCUUGCCGCCCCAUGCGCAGUGUUACAACACAUCCUUAAUGUACAAUAUAAAUGUAUCACGUAUACUUAAUAAAA